AUGUCUACUGUUGAAUACCCGAAGGUAGCGAUUCUGGGAUGCGGAAAAUUGGGACAAGCCUUGCUGGUUGGCCUGCUCCGGUCGGCCUCGGCCCACCCAGGAUUGGUAAAGAUUCGGGAGUUCAAGGUGACGGUUCGAUCGGCACGGACCGCGCAACUAGUCCGCGAGCGAAUCUCCCCCUUACUGAGAGAUCGGGCGGUCCCUGCGGUCUGGAUCCUACAACAGGAUCAGAAUCGCAAUGUCGCCGAACAAGCAGAUAUCGUCCUGUUUGGGUGCAAACAUUCCAGCCUCGGUGAGCUAGUGCAUGAUUUGAAGGACAUGCGUCAUGACGACCGUCGGAUCCUGAUCAGCCUGAUGGGGGGCGUAUCGCCAGGUCUCAUCAUAAAAGCAUUACACUUCUGGACGGGGCCAGUCGUGCGUGCCGUUUGCAGUGUUGCAGUGGCGGUCGGCGAAUCCAUCACACUUCUAUCCACUAGCGACGAUCGCACAGACGAUGCCGAGAGCCGGCACGCAGUGACUGACCUUUUCGCAUCGGUAGGAGUGGUGAAGUGGCUUCCAGAAUGCCAAAUGCAUGUCGCUUCCGCGGUAGGCUCAUCGUCUCUGGCCUUCUUUGCCCAGAUGAUCGAGGGCUUGGCCCAGGGCGUUGCAGAACAACAUAGCAAUGGCAACAAAGAUGGGCAACAUCUGCCAUUAGAGACGGCACUAGCAAUUACGGCACAGGCGGCUCGUGGAACGGCCGCCCUUCUCCAGCAGCUAAGCUCUCCGGCUGACUUGGUCGCGCAGGUAGCCACUAAGGGUGGGGCGACCGCCGCUGGAUUGGCGGUUUUGGAAAAGGAAAAGGUGGUUCAAACACUUCGGACUUGCGCUGCCAUUACCGCAGAGGCCACGGCUGCACUUGCACCAAGUGUCGGUGCCCAUGGUGACGACAAUACGACAGAAAGAAAGAUGUCUCUAGCUGACUCUUCGAGAUGA